AUCGGAAAAGUCCCCAGUCCACAGCACACUUCAAUUCUAACUGGCCACUCAUCAGAAACCCGCAAAUCCCCAAACCCUCGCCGCCUCGGGCUCAGUCGCCGGCGCCGCCGUCGACCAUGGCCGGGAAAACACCGUUCACCAACCUCGACCCAGCGACGGCGGCCGAUGCAAUUCGUCAGGGCUCUGACCCUCACGAGCUGGACCAAGCCACGGAGCGCGUGCUGCUGUACACCUACGCCAACCUCCCCGACUUCCCCUGCUACGGCUGCCAUCUCCGCCCUUCCCUCGCCGUCGCCGACCCCGGCGGUGUCGACCGCAUCAGCCACCUCCCCCGCGGUCUCCUGCACGACAUCGUCUCCCGCCUCCCCCUCAAGGACGCCGCCCGCACCGCCGUCCUCUCCUCCCGCUGGCGCAGGAUCUGGCUCGCCACGCCCCUCGUCCUCAAGGACGCCCACUUCCUCCCCAAAGGCCACUGCUGGCCCGUGACGCCGGCCAACUCUCCUGCCAUCACCGCCGCCGUCUCCCGCAUCCUGGAGGCGCACCUGGGGCCCAUCCACCGCGUCCGCCUCGUCUGCACCAACAUGAACUCGUACCGUCCCCAGCUCGCGCGCUGGCUGCAGCUCCUCGCCGCCAAGGGCGUCCAGGACCUCGCCCUCGUCAACCGCCCGUGGCCGCGCAACCUGCCCCUCCCCGCCACCGUCUUCGCCAUCACCACGCUCACCCGCCUCUACCUCGGUGUCUGGAAGCUGCCCGACACGACCGUCCUCCGUGGCGCCUCCUUCCCCCGCCUACGCGAGCUCGGCCUCUGCUGCGUCCAAAUGGAGCAUGGCGACGUUGACUCCCUCGUCGCCAGGAGCCCCGUCCUGGAGAUCCUCAACAUCCUGGGAUGCCUCAAGGGGUUGCGCCUCCGCCUCGUCAGCCAGAGCCUACGGUGCCUGCAAAUCUCCGCAUCAAUUCUGGAGAACGUCGCCGUUGUAAAGGCCCCAUGCCUCGAGCGGUUCAUCCUGUAUGCAUCCUGCACCCCUCGUGGCUUGUGCACCAGAGUUAAGAUUGGCGAUGCACCCAAGCUGCACGCGUUUGGAUACUUGCAGCCAGGCCAGGUCCUAGAGAUCCGAGACACGGUCAUCAUGCCAGGGAUAAAGAUGAGGACAAGUGCCAUGCUCACCAGCGUCAAGGUUCUGAGUUUGAACGUGUGUUUCGGAGUUCCCAAUGACGUCAAGAUGAUGCCUACCUUCCUCAGAUGCUUUCCUAACGCUGAGAGACUGCAUAUUAUGAGCAAAAAAUGUGAUCAGCCCACCACCGGUCACCUCACCCUCAAGUUCUGGCAGGAGUCUGGCCCCAUAGAAAAUGUCACCUCGCGCAUCAACACGAUUAGUAUCCGUGAGUUCAGAGGGGAGCCAGGCGAGGUUGCCUUCCUCAAGUACAUCUUCCAGAGCGCACGGGCGCUGAGCACCGCGGUGGUCGUGAUGGCCAAUCCAAGCUUCGCCCCAUUUUCAACAAAGGAGGCCUACUCCAAAGUGCAGAAGUGCUAUAAAGACAUGGCGAGUGAUUCCUGCAACCAUCUCGUCCUUGAGAGCAACGCCGUUGCAGGAGUUGGGAUUUGGAGGUUUAAAGACGGUGCCGAUUUUUCUUUCCAUGACCCCUUCUCGGUGGCGGAGGUCCGCCGUCCGCUGAACUAAGUGUUGGUGGAGAAGUGGGCAGUGUUUUUUUUGUGUGGUGCAAACUGAAGAGUGAAGUAUGAUCCUUUGACUGUUGCUACUUCCUAGAUGUGCCCUUAGGUUGGUCCGUCUCUGAGGCUUGUGGCUUGAUGAUGUCUGGCGGGAGCUAGAGAUGGCUUAAGCAACUAAUUAACUGGAUUUUGCUCGCCCUGCAAACCUUUGUGGCCAUCUUCUUUCUUAGCAAGGAAGUAUGCUCCUCAAAACAUUUCAUUGUAGCAACGUAUUUCAUUCCUUGAAGUUGCUGGUUGUGCAUCCCGUUGUAUGUGAGAGAGCACUUCUGUCCAGCUGUUUUGUGAUGAUGUACGCUCACUGUAUGAAAUGGUGUGUUCAUCUUCGUUGUA